ACUAAGGGUUAAUAGAUAUUCGUGUCACGCUUUGCACUGCGCAGUCCCUGGACAAACUUCGCACGCUUAUGCAAAAUCCUCGGCGUUUCACUAUUAAUAUGAUCGGCGUCUUAGUGCUAAAGCAAAACCGUAUUCAGGAUGUUUCUACACAUGGUCAGGAUCAAUUAACGCAACAAGCCCUUUAGACUGUUCUGCUUCAUCACCUUGGAAAAAAGUUUCCAUAUCUGUCUUUACCCAAAGUCUACGUAAUCGUUAGUCACUAAACUAACCCAGUUUACUCAACCGGUUCUCUAUUAAUUCGGAGUUUAUCCCAUACUUUAUCCAACCGCGGUCUUUAUUCACGGACUCGUAUACAGUCAUCUGAACUUUUAAUCUCGCCCACGGUGAACAGGUUCACGCCCCCUCUGGCUGCCUUUACGGGCUGCAGGAGGACAACAGUCCUGAAACAGGAGGGUGGCAUUAACCCCAGUGCAUCAUGGGAAACUCCAGCAACAAAGAUGUUCAUGGAUCUGCAGGCGCCCAUUUGGACUCCCCUCACACCCCUCCUGCAUCGCUACUCACUCCCACUGUCCUUGGGACGCACCCACCUCUCAGCUCCACUCCGGCACAGCAGGGUGAGACGGCACCGAAGGCCGCCAAGGUGACACAUCAGGGGGGUCCCACCCAUGCUCGUGAUGCCUCCCAAAGCGCCGCCCACGAGUGGGCGGUCAUCAGCCCAGCAGGCACUGAAUCUGACAGCGGCGGUGUGGUGGAUUGUGGAGAGGCCCAUCUGGUCUGCCCAGUGACGGCUCUCACCCAAUCAGCACUCUUGCCUGUACUUGCCAGUACAGCUGAGGACAGUGGUCUGGACCAAUCUGCAGGGGAGAGAGGCAGGGUGGGGGAGGGGUGUGGCAACAGGGACACACCCACCUCAGAGACCCUGCUGGAGCAGUACCGAAUGACUCUUGGGUUGAGUCAUGGGCAGGAUGGACCUCUGAGCACAGCAGAUCUAGUCAGAUGUGUCCUGGCGGAGCGAGACAAGCUUGCAGAUGAGGUGCAGUAUCUGAAAGAGGUGAUGAAGACGGAACGCGGGGAGUGGCUGCAAUUCCAGGCCGACCUGCAGGUGGCAGUAGCGGUCGCCGACCGGCUGCGCGUGGAGGCGGAAGAGGAGCUCGGCUCUCUGCGGGGGGCCCACCGGGAUGCGGAGCAGCAGCUGGCCUUGGCGCGACGAAGGCAGGAGGACACUGACGCGGAGCUGGAGAGCCUGAGGAUUCAGUACCAGGAGGCCUGCAACAGGCUCUCCUCUCUGGCCAGGGAGAGCCCAGAGACAGGGGCCCAGGAGGAGAGUGCAGUGCCAGGGAGGUGGCGGGGAGGGGAGUGCACCACAGAGACAGACGGUCCCGGGAGCGAGAGCCAGGGGACGGACAGGGGGCGGGUCCUGCUGAAAGUGACCAAGCGGGAGGAGGUGGCUGUUGGGGGGAAGGGAGUGGCAGAGGAGUACCUGCGGAGCGUGGCAGCGGAGAGCAAAAGGAAGGAGGAGAGCCGUGCAGGGAGGGAGCCACGCAAGAUGGGAGCGGCGACAGAGAGGUCCAGGAGUCUGUCCAGACUUCCCCUGUCAUCCGACUCCCCCUUUGCCAUCAAUGGUAACUCCCAACCAGUUGCCACGACGAUGGGGCCUCUUAGCAAGAACCAGCACACGGGCCAAGGAAAGAGGGUGGAGCAGGUUCUGGAGCAACAGGCUAGCUGGACUGGUGCAGGUACAGGUGGGCCGGGAUGUGGUAAACAGGAAGUGACUGCCAACCAUCAAAACACCAUCCCCAGUGACCUCCCCCUGACAGCGGGCACUAAAGUCAAGCAGCAGGAUGGACUCAGCAUGCUGUUACGUCGACACGGGGGCUCAAAGAGGAACUCCCUCCUCCGUUGGUGUCAAAGCCGCACACUGGGGUAUAAGAACAUCGACAUCACCAACUUCAGCAGCAGCUGGGCGGAUGGAAUGGCACUGUGCGCCGUGUUCCACACCUACCUGCCAUCUCACAUCCCGUACCACAGCCUGAAUCCGGAGAGCAAGAGGGAGAAUCUGGACCUGGCUUUCCGAACAGGGGAGAGUGUGGGAAUCCAGGCUUCUUUGACAGUGGAGGAGAUGCUGAAGGUGGGAGGCCCGGACUGGCAGGGGGUUCUGGGAUACGUGGAGAGCAUUUACCGCCACUUUGAGAUGUGAUGCUGGCCCUCUUGUUCGAGGAUAUUCAACAUGGCAAAGUGUCCUGAUUUAUUGUCUCUUGAGGAAGAAUUGCUUCAGGCUCGAUAGAACAACCUGAAGCAGUGCUGCCCUAGAGCCACCUUGGCGAAACCGUACCGGCCCCGAAAGCUCGGCCUGGCUGAGUGUCUACCAGUCACUAGUGGUUUGGAAAUUUGAGCCUAAUAGUUUCAGGCUCAAAAUUCCUGCAGCAUUUCUGGAAGAAGGAAAACAACACUUGCAGGAAAAAGCUGCCCUCUGUGUUUUUAGUAACUGGAAAAACGUACAAACGCAAAAAGGAUGCUGCGAUAUUCAAACUCAAUGUCAUUAAGCACGUGGCAGUUUGCAUCGCUCAUGCCUUGAAGCUCAAUUUUACAUAACUCUCCUUAUUUGUAUAAUGCCUUGGUGGGGGGUGGAGUUUUGUCCUUGUACAACUGAAAUAUCCCUACCUCAAACAGCAGCCUUACAGACUUGGUCACCACGCUGUUGCCUUUCCCUCUGAUAGUCAAAUUAAUGCCAUAGUAAACACUGAUGAUGGCAGACGCUGGGUUUAUAAUCCAUGGAAUGUUUCCUCUUCACCUUUACUCAGUGUUGUGCUCAUUGGUUUAUAUUUGCAAACUGUGUGUAGUAGGGGGUUGCAAAAAUGAGGAAAUAUCGCAUUUCCCCUUCAAAUUUAGAGAGCGUUCUCAUGUAGUAUUUUUAACUGGUUCAAGGGUAAGAAAGUGUGCAGAAUCAGUCUACAAUAAUCAUGGUUUUCUUCUUUCAGAGGCUUGUGACCAUUUUUCGGAGAAUGUGGCUCUUUUGAAGGCGCGUGUCUUUAGCGGUUAGCGCUUCGUCCUGAUUGGCUGCCAUCUCUCUGUUGCAGUUCCCCCAUCUGCCAUCUAUAGCAAACCUAAUGUAAUCGCGGGGCACCCUGUAAAUAAACAUGCACUUUCACACGCACUUUGUACAGACACUGGUGGCCACGGGCUGCCGUCGCCCAAGCAAGCUUUUUAACGGUUCUGCAGAAUGACCAGAGGUAGUGUCACUCCACAGAUCUCAAAUCAGUGUUCUAUCAGUGGAGGUCCUCAUGUAGGCCUGAAAGUGUUUUAUACUAAAAUUGUGCCUAAAUGCUGUUUUUGGUGUGGAGUCUGUAGCCAAAGACUUACUGUAAAAUAAUAAAAGUUGUCAGCUGAGA